CUUCCUCAUCUCUCCCCCUCUCUGUGCGAAAGUAGAACCUACCAACGAUCUCGCGGUCCUCCGCCUCGACCCCCCCUCCGUGUCCGUACAACCUCUUCCGGCGGCCCAAAACCUACAAACCGCUCCUUUACUUGCUCUGUCGACUGCGGCUCUUCUACUCUCCAGUUAUCUGGCAAUGGACGCCAAGGCUUUAGCAAAAUCGAAGAGGGCACACUCCGAGCACCAUAGCAAGAAGUACCAUCCAAAGCCGAAAGCAAAAUCCUCAGCCGUUGGGGGCGGCAAGGGAAAUGAGGCUGGAACCGCAAGGAAUCCGCUGGGAAAGGAAGUUCAAGAGAAAACUCACCCUACUAAGGGUGCGUCUGCCCUCCCAUCAAAUUGGGAUCGUUACGAGGAAGAGUUAGAUUUAGGUUCAGAAGAUCCAGUUCCAGCAGCUGAUGGUUCGAAUCGAGCCUCUGAUGUAGUUGUUCCAAAGAGUAAGGGUGCAGACUUUUGUCAUCUGAUAGAUGAGGCGCGGUCUCAGUCUCAGUCAAUCGUGUAUUUGGAUACAUUUCCUGGUUUGGAGAAUGAUCUGCUCGGGGAAUGGAAUAAGGGGAUAGAAACUAUGCUUUCGGUCAGGGGGGAGAGCGUUCUAUCACGGAUUGGAGAUGAUAAUUUUGUUGUGGAGGAUAAGAAUGCUGCUGCACCUCAUGAGGUGUCAUUUCUCUCCUUGAAUUUGCAUUCUCUUGCAGAGCAAUUGGAAAAGAUUGACUUACCGCAGAGGCUUUUCAUUGAAGCGGAUCUAUUGCCACCGGAGCUGUAUGCGGAGCAAACAACAUGUGAUGAGGAAGUAGCCCGAAGAUUGCCUGAAGAAUCACCCUGCAGUGAUUUUUCGGAGGAGGUUCAGGUUCCUGACCAUGAUAUUGAGAUUAUGGUAUCUGAUUCUCCUACUGAUCCUAAACUUGGCAAUUCGGAGUAUGAACACAAAUUACCAGAGUCAGAAACACAAGCCAGCGUAAAAUCAUUUGAGCCAUCAACUGCAGAGGCGGACGGAACUGGAACUGGAUCUGCUUCUUGAUUCAUUUGGUGAGACCAAGAUAAAUGAUUCAACUGCUUUCAAGCCUCGUAAUACUUUUUCUGUACAAGUAGAUGCUUCCCUGAUGCCGAUUCAACCUCAAAGAAAAGUCCCGGAUUCAUCUGCUACCAUUGAUGAUGAGCUUGAUGAGUUGAUAAAUGAAACAUCGAUACUGAUUAACCAAGGCGGUCUGUCUCAACCUCAAGAACAAAGGGCUGUCCAUGAUUUUCAAUCAUCGUCUAUUUCCGGAACAAAGUCUAAAGAAGUGGAUGAUUUUGAUUCUUGGUUGGAUACAAUUUGAUUUCUUUUCGCCUAGAAAUACACAGUAUGUAACCUUAUACAUUGUUGUUCCAAUCGUUUUACAUUUACCUUCUGUUUCAAAACUCCUGUUUUGUUUCACUUUUUCAAUUUAUAGGUAUCGGUUCGGUUACCAUACCAUAUGAACUUUCAAAA